UGCAGACUCAGCAGUUCCUGAUAAACAUAGGGAGAAGUUGAAACUUUAAGUAGAGAUGGUCAGAUUAGAGGUUUGUGCAAGCGCUAAAGUGUUCCUGUUUCUCGUCAAAAACAGACAAGUCGGUGGUCUCUCCAGUCUAAAAGUCCCCGUUCACUUCCUCUCAUUAACACAUAAAGGCAACAAAUAAGCCACAGCUCGUUCACACGUUAGUCUGUUCACAGCUCGAGAUCUGACCUGGACAAUAUUAUUAGUCACAGAUGGCAGGUUUCACACGGAUCAUCACUUUGCUUUAUGCUGCAGCUCACCUGUCCUCAGCCUCACCUGUUCUCCGCUCGGCCCUGGUGGUCUGGCUGGGUCAGAAUGUGUCUCUGAGCUGUAAUCUGACAUCCAGCAAUGACAUCACCUGGUUUCUGUUGCGCUCCGAUCAGCUGCUGCCUCUGCUCACCGUCACCUUUGAUACCAUAGGCGGCCAUGCUCUGGAUUACCACACCAGGGCCGACAGACGGAAAGGAACUGUGAGAAACGGCGUGGUGGAUCUGAUGAUCCUGCAGGUGGAGGAGGAGGACACAGGGCUGUAUUUCUGCUUGGGGCGGAGAGACGGUAAUGUUCAUGUCAACAGAGCGAUUCACCUGGAUGUUCAUGGAGUCGGUGGGGGGUCUGCAGGGCUGCCAUGUUGGAGUCUGGGGAUCUGUGUUCUUCCAGCUUUACUCGUCUCCUUCCUCGUCUUCAUCCUUGGACUCGUCCUGUGCUCAGGUAAACCGGCUGUUGGCUGCUGCAGAAUCAAAAGUCCACCAGUCACAGAGGACGUUUCUCUGCACUACUCCAGUCUGAGGCACGCAGAAAAGCCCCGCCACACGUGCCACGGAGGAAGGACGGGAUUGGUCAAAGCAGAAGUCACGUACUCGACAGUAGCAGAGUGUAAAAACAAGAACAGGUCACAUUUACGCUGAUGUGGUACUGACGUGAUCUUACCUAUAAAAACUACUCUGACAGUGAAUGUAAGUCUGCUGAAAUCAUUCAAACUUGACUUUUAUUUCUGCUCUAAAGACGUCAAUAAUGAGUCAACAGCUGUUUUCUUUUUAAUUCAAGUUUUUAUAAAGGAUGUCUCUCUCAUGUUUGUUUGUUCUUAAAGCUC